UUUAUAGUAACAGAACACUUGUAACCAAAAAGAAAAAGUAACAGAACACUAAAUGUUCUUGCUCUGUUUUAUCACACUCAAAAAGCUAAAACCCAAAAGUCUGAGAACUAAAACCUCUCGCACCUUUAGAACAUCUAUAAAUGGCGCCCAAAACCCUCGUUACAUUUUUCUCUCCUGUCUCUCUCCCUCACAAUCUUACUCACUUCAACACCAAAUUCCUUAAAUUUAACUCUAGGAAAACCACUCCCAUCUUUUGCAAGUCCACGCAAUCACAGCAAAAGCCAGUCUCCGAUACCCAGUUGCCACUUUCCAUACCCGAAACUAGUGGUACCGGGGCGGCUGCCCCGACCCCAGGCGAGCAGUUUCUUGAGCGCCAGCAAGCAUUUCAGGCCGCUAAGUUAGUAAUGAAAGAAGCUAAAAAGAAAAGGAGGAGAGAGAAAGUAAGAGAGAAAGCUUUGAAGGUGAACUCAAUGGUGGUCUGUUGUUAUGGAUGUGGAGCUCCGUUGCAGACUUUGGAUCAAGAAGCUCCGGGUUAUGUUCAGCCGGAUACUUAUGAAUUGAAGAAGAGACACCACCAGCUUAGAACUGUUCUUUGUGGUAGGUGCAAACUUUUAUCUCAUGGCCACAUGAUAACCGCUGUUGGUGGAAAUGGAGGUUAUUCUGGUGGGAAACAGUUUGUUUCAGCUGAUGAGCUUCGGGAGAAGCUGUCUCAUUUGCGUUAUGAGAGAGUUUUAGUUGUCAAAUUAGUUGAUAUUGUGGACUUCAAUGGUAGUUUCUUGGCUCGUAUUCGUGAUCUGGCCGGUGCAAAUCCAAUAAUAUUAGUAGUGACUAAGGUUGAUCUCCUUCCAAAAGAGACUGAUUUUAACUGUAUUGGUGAUUGGGUUGUAGAGGCCACUACAAAGAAGAAGCUUAAUGUUCUCAGUGUUCAUCUCACGAGCUCAAAGUCAUUAGUUGGAAUUGCUGGAGUUGUCUCAGAAAUUCAAAAGGAGAAAAAGGGGCGGGACGUUUACAUUCUGGGUUCAGCUAAUGUUGGGAAAUCUGCUUUCAUCAAUGCUUUACUGAAAAUGAUGGCACAACGGGAUCCAGCUGCUGCAGCUGCACGGAAAUAUAGACCUAUACAAUCUGCUGUUCCUGGAACUACCUUAGGUUCAAUUCAGAUUGAUGCCUUCCUUGGAGGAGGGAAAUUAUUUGACACACCUGGAGUUCAUCUCCACCACAGACAAGCGGCAGUGGUUCAAUCAGAAGAUUUACCUAUCCUUGCUCCACGGAGUCGUCUCAGGGGUCAAUCUUUUCCUAAUGCUAAGGUGGCUGCUGAAAAUGGGUUAGCUGAUAAAUUUGAAUCCAAUGGCUUAAAUGGAUUUUCGAUAUUUUGGGGAGGACUUGUGCGAAUUGAUGUUUUGAAGGUUCUCCCAGAAACAAGCUUAACAUUCUAUGGCCCUAAGGCUUUGCAGUUUCAUAUAGUACCUACUGAUGAAGCAGAUGAAUUUUACCAGAAGGAACUUGGAGUUCUAUUGACACCUCCAACUGGAAUAGAGGGAGCAAAAGAUUGGAAAGGACUUGGAAUCAUCCGUCAAUUGCAAAUAAAAUUCGAAGAUGCGGAAAGACCUGCAAGUGAUGUGGCUAUAUCCGGUCUUGGAUGGAUUGCUGUUGAACCAGUUAGCAAAUCACGUAGAAAGCCUGUUCUAAAUUUAGAAGAAACUGCCAAAGAGCUGCAUUUGGCUGUCCAUGUUCCUAACCCGGUGGAGAUUUUUGUCCGGCCUCCAUUGCCGGUAGGGAAAUCCGGAUCAGAGUGGUAUCAGUAUCGUGAGUUGACAGAGAAGGAGGAGGAAAUAAGACCAAAAUGGCAUUUCUAGCCGCUUCUUUAAGAUUUUUUUUUUUUUUUUUUUGUAAUAAGAAAAUAUUUAUCUUUGUACAUAAACAAUGUGCAAAACUAGAAAUGGAAAUGGAUAUUAGAAAUGUAAGUUUAAAGCUUGUUAUCUGACCUUUUGAACUAGUGCAUGGGAAUUAUUAGUAGAAAAAAUUCUUAGUAUUAGUGCU